AUUCCCCCUUGCUGAAUAACAUGUUUUGUACAUUAAAAUUAGCUGAAUAUUGUGUGUGUGUGUUGGGGGUUGAGGGGAGAGUGUGUGUGUGUGUGUGUGUGUGUGUGUGUGUGUGUGUGUGUGUGUGUGUGUGUGUGUGUGUGUGUGUGUGUGUGUGUGUGUGUGUGUGUGUGUGUGUGUGUGUGUGCGUGAAUGCAGCCUCUGGUGUCUCACAGGAUGUGCUCCCAGGACCAUAUCCUCGCACGGCAGAAGAACGCGCUGCAGCUGCAAAGAAAUAUAACCUAAGACUGGAGGACUACAAGCCACAUCCUGAUGAUGGACACGGCUAUGGAGAUUAUCCAGUUCUUCCAAACUGUUCCCAGCAUGAGCGAGACCCCUGGUACCAGUGGGACCAUCCAGACCUGCGGAGAAACUGGGGGGAGCCGAUCCACUUUGACUUUGACAUGUAUAUCAGAAAUAGAGUGGAUACGUCCCCCAGCCCUGUCAGUUGGUCCACCAUGUGCAGGCGCUUCUUUGGCUUCUUCACCUUCAUGAUGGUGAUGUUCGGCCUGGGGGAGAUGUUCCCUGCCUACCAACCUGUAGCCCCAAAGCAGUAUCCAUACAACAAUCUUUACCUGGAACAUGGAGGAGAUCCUGAGAAGGAGUCAGAACCUGUUAAACAUUAUGAGAUUUAAAUCUUCAUCAAGUUGCUUUCACUUCUGUGUAUAUGUGUAAUAAAACUCAAGUUCAAACUUC